AUGUCUUCGCCUGCUUUGUCUGCGGGAACCUUGGUCCACAUGACACAGGUACAAGGCUCGAACUCGAGGAGCACGAGUAGCGACUUGGCCAUGAUCGCUACUGUCGGCAAGGGAAACACAGAAGCUGUCACAAUCAAAUUGCGCACAGAGAUGACCAUGACCAUGACUCGCUCAUCCCGCUUCUGGGUUCCCGACGGCAAUCUGUUCAUCGGUGUCGGGAAGACGCUGUACAGGCUGUACACAGGCACUUUCGCCAACCACUCUACUGUCUUCAGUGGGAUGUUCGAAUUGCCAGCUGGUGUUUCUCAUCGGACCGAGGGCACUUCAGAGGCAUCUCCGCUCUACCUCUGGGGUAUUGAUGUGAUUGCAUUCGAGGCUCUGAUUGAUUAUCUGGGCGGCGCAGUUCUGCCAGAUGGAGAGUCCCAACAGCCAUUUUCUCCCUCCACACGACAACUCGUCGGUAUACUCCAGCUCGCAACAAUGUGGGACAUGACCCGAGCAAGGUUCUUUGCAAUCGAGAAGUUGGAAGCUGUCCCGCUUUCUGGCGAUCCCGAAUGGGGACCAAUCGCCAAAAUUGCAUGCUGUCUCGCCUAUGGAGUUGAGCCCUGGCUUGUCCCUGCCCUCAAACUGGUUCUCGGCCUGGGGCCUCGCGAAUGGGACUCGGAGCAUUUCGCAUACUUCAAGGCUCCUACCGAUGCCAUGCGAAUCUUCGUACUGUGGCUCCGCAUCGAUCGUCACCGGAAAGCUCUUGCCUGGAGCCCUCCUCGGCACAUCCAAGGUGCAAGUUGCAAUUCGCCGACCCAAUGUGGCUCCAGAUGGACAGCGACGUGGUAUCAAGCACUCGCAUCCAAGCUGCUUCACCCAGAUGCUGCGAUGUCUGAUCACGAGCUCCUGAGCUUCAUUUGUGAUGACAUGGGCCGACGCUCAGGACUCUGUUACUCUUGUCACUUUCAGGUGACGUUUGCGAUGAAGCACGACUCGACUGAUUGGUCGAAGGAGGAUGUCAUCAUCCAGUCUGUCGCAGAUCAGUUCAGGCGUGAUUAUGCCUUUUACGCCUAG